CACUGACUGGCGUAUGGACUAGCUUAAAUGGUCCACUGCACCAAACCAAAUCAUAUAAAAUGUUUACAUUAUUAGUAUUUCUUUAAAAUUAAACAAACAAAAAGUUUCCGUUCCUUUAAAAAUCACUCAAGAUAAAAAUUUCAAAUGUACAAAAAAUGGUCUGACUAAUUAAGAAAUAGUUUGACUAAUAAGAAAAUAGGCAAUUUGUUAUAUUAAUAAACAUAAUCUUUCUUGCAUUCUGCAUUGUAUUAUUGAUCUGCCUUACUAGGUAACUCAUCCAUUGCACAUUUUACAUGAAAAUUUACACAACUGUUUCAGAACGGAAAGCACAAUUAAAAGAAGUGUAUAUUGAGGUAAAAACUUAAACCAUGUCCAAAAUCAAGACGAUUUCAUCUCUUUUGUUUUUCUACUGUAUUUACUUUGCAUGUGCUCACAAGUAUGAGGGCUGUUUUCAAAGCUCUGCUUCAGACCCUGAAUUACCUUUUCCAAGUUUGGAAUAUGCUAGCACACUUACUGAUUGUAUUACAGCAUGUCAUUCUCGAUAUUAUAUGUUUGCAGGAUUAAUGAAUGGACAAAAAUGCUACUGUAUCAAUAAAUUUGGUCAGAAUGGCCUUUCAAAUAGUUGUAACAUUCUUUGUGUCAAUGAUCUUAAUAAUUAUUGUGGUAGUUACGAAGCUAUGAGUGUUUACUCCACUGGUCAGCAAGGACCAAGUCCACCAAGAAAAAUACAAAUAAGUCGAGAUGAUAUAAAUGCUCUUGUAAUAACAUGGCAGCCAUCUGAUAUACCAAAUGGAAAUCUUACAUUUUACACCAUUCGGGCUGUUGCCCUAGAAACGCAUGCAAGGAAUAUUUUACCACCUGUUGAAAGUCAGAUCCAAGGAGGUGCAUCCAAUAUUACUAUUCUGAAAGGUCUCCAACCUGGUACUAAGUACAAUAUAUCUAUUACUGCCAGCAAUAUGCAAGGUGUCAGUGAUCCAACAUAUAUAAUAGCAUGGACUUCAAUAGGUCCCCCUGAUAAACCAGCUACACCUAAAGUAUUAGACCAUGGUAAUAGUACUAUAAUUGUCAAGCUUACAGAAGGUCAUAGCGAGUUUGGACCAAUAAGCACAUAUCAAGUCGUAGUUGUACAAGCUGGUACUUUACCUCCAAUUGGUCCUAAUGUUGAAUAUUCGAACUAUGAUCGCGCGUUAGAGCAAGAUUUAACAUAUUAUGUUACCGCACAAUUCGAUCCGUCGGAUUUUUACAAAUAUAACAAGUUUAUUGUAGGUGAUGGGAAAUAUAUAGGAGGUUAUUAUAAUGCUCCUUUAAAGAACCAUUUUGCUUUCGCGCAAGUUGGUUUAGUAGUAAUUUCACGAGUGCAAACAGAAAUACAACGUUCUUAUUCUGACUUGACCAAUUAUAUAUUUAAGCAUGAAACAAUUAUGAAUCAAAUUGAUUCAACAGCCUUUAUGCUUUGCAUAGCAAUUACAGUUUUGAGUAUACUACUCGCUACUUCAGUACUAGUUUAUUUUCUAUUGCGACGGCGACACGAAAGAUUUAAUAUGCAGAAAUUGCCGGAACGGCAGGAGCUCACUUUGCAGGGUCCAGUAUAUGAGAUAGACAACAUGGCUUACAUACCAGAAGAUAUUCCUGAGAGAAUAAAUCACUAUCAAGAACUGAAGAAAAAAAUAUGCAGUAUACCACGGAAUUCUCUGUUCAUUGAUAACUUAGUUCUAUGUAAAGGGCGAUUCGGUACUGUGCACAACGGUACUGUAUCAAAAGAUAAACAAUCUUACCCAGUAACGAUUCACACUAUAGCUGAUAAUGCCCUCAAAGAAUCUGAUAAAAAACACAUGUUGAGAGAAUUGGACAUGUGCAUUCGAGCGGGUUCCAUCAAAUAUCUCGCAGGUCUCGUCGGAACCUGCGAAACUCUCGACACAUUAUAUAUAGUACUGGAAUUACCACCAUAUAUAUUGAAGAAUUGUUUGUUAGAUGCACGUUCUGGAAAUAUGUUUCCAGUAGAUCAUAUACCGUUUAUUUCAUCUGCAAUAGCGAGUGCCUUGCAACAUCUGGCGAGUCAUAAGAUCAUUCAUACUCAUCUAUGUGCACGAAGCGUAGGUUUAACCAAUGAUUGGACACCUAAACUUAUAGGUCAUGGCAUUGGAAAACAUGUUCUCGAAGAUAUCAAAUAUAUCAGAUGGACGGCGAUUGAAUGUUUUGACAAUCAGAAAAAACAUCAAUCAAAUGUAAUUUGGGCAUUUGGCGUGCUUUUGUGGGAGAUAUUUAGCAUGGGCGGUACACCAUAUUCGAAUUUAAUACUUGACAGCGAAGUGGAAAACGCUGUUGCGCGAGGUGUUCGAUUACCGCAAUUGUUGGACAUUUCAGAUCCAAUUUAUGAGGUCAUGUCAUCUUGCUGGCGAGAGAAUCCCGAAGAACGACCGACAUUCGAUGAACUUGCACGACCGGAUAUUUUGAGCAUUUGUCCUAUUACAGCAAUCACGGAGCCGUACAUACCAGAAUUCGAGUUAAAGUAAUAUUUUUUUAUAUAUGUACUUGCAUUUGCUUAGUGAUAACGUGCGAUAUCGAAUUCCAAUUUAUAAAUAUUGUGUUCACAUAAGAAUCUCGUAACUUUAUCUAUAUAUAUUUAUUAUUAUAAUGUAACUUUUUCAAUGUAAUAUACGUUAUGUAUAGGAAUGUUCUUUUUAAACUUAAAAAGAUUGUUUCAAUG